AGCCACUCCCGGCGAAGAGCAGAGACGCUCAAAACAGAAGCUGCUUCCCUGCCUCCUGCCACGCGCCUCAACCGCUCCUCAAGAUGUGCAAGGGACUGGCGGGCCUGCCGGCCUCCUGCCUGCGGAGUGCAAAAGACAUGAAGCACCGGCUAGGCUUCCUGCUGCAGAAGUCCGACUCCUGUGAGCAUAGCUCUUCCCACAGCAAGAAGGACAAAGGGGCUGUUUGCCAGAGGGUGAGCCAAGAAGAAGUCAAGAAAUGGGCUGAAUCACUGGAAAACCUGAUUAAACAUGAAUGUGGGCUGGCCGCAUUCAGAGCGUUCCUGAAGUCUGAGUACAGCGAGGAGAACAUCGACUUCUGGGUCAGCUGCGAGGAGUUCAGGAAGACCAAGUCACCCGCCAAACUCAGCCCCAAGGCCAAGAAGAUCUAUGAGGAGUUCAUCUCCGUGCAGGCCACCAAGGAGGUAAACCUGGACUCUCACACCAGGGAGGAGACGGGCCGGAAUGUGCUGGAGCCCACAGUGACCUGCUUCGACGAGGCCCAGAAGAAGAUUUUCAACCUGAUGGAGAAGGACUCCUACCGCCGCUUCCUCAAGUCCCGAUUCUAUCUGGAUUUGGCCAUGCCUUCCAGUGGCAGGGUGGAGAAGCAGAAGGGAGCCAAGAGUCCUGCAGACUGUGCAUCCCUGCUCCCUCAGUGUGCCUGACUCACUCUGAGGCCCAGGCUGGAACGGAAGACACUGUGCUCUGGACAUCUAAGGCCAACUCUGAUCUGUUCAGUUGGGUGCUUUGUCCACAUGGUAGUGUGGUGUCCAUGCAUGGCCCUGUGUGAGCCACUGCCAGGUAGAUGUGGGCAGGGUGUUUGGGCCUUCACUGGGGCGGGACCCUGCUGUAGCCCACCCUUCCCAAGGUUCCCUCAUGGGGCAUGUGAGCAAGCACCCAAGUGCUGGCCUCAGGGCUGGGAUCCCAGAGCCACUGGCAGUGCCCUCCCGCAGUGUGACCUCAGUCUGGUUGGUUGGUGCACAUCCUCUGACACUCAUGUGGACAUGUGGUGUGCUGGCCAGCACUUCCUGCAGGUGUGGUGUUAGGUGACGUCCAUGUCUGGUACAUACACAUGAGUAGUGUGCAUAUUAAAUAGAUAUAAUACAUGCAUAUGCAUUCUGCAUACAUUUUCGUGUCUAUGUUUUGGCAUGUAUUGUGCGUUUGUGUGUGUAUACACACAUUUCUGCAAGAGUACACAGAGACCUGGGUGCUCGAAUCUGUGUGUGUCCACGUGUCCAUGCACAUUCUCAUCUCUGCUUUCUGCUGCCUUGGCACGGGGCACACUGAGCCAGCUGCCAUGCAGGGGAAGGAGGAUGCCAACCUGUGCACACUGGUUCUGUAACAACUGUGGGCUUUGCUCGAGAAGAAUCCCAGGUCUUCCUGCUCAUUGAGCCCUUGCAGACUCUGCCCUCAGCACAGUUGCUGGGAAGGCCCCUGGGCCCACCCAGCACAGGGCUCUCUCUUGGCCACUGUUACUGUUACUUGAGUCCCGGAGCGACUGCACACUCCUUUCCUGGGUGCUCAGGCAUGCUAGUGAGCAGCCUGGCUGGGCUGGCGUCUGGAGAUGGAGGGAGUGAGGAGCUGCAGGCAGGGUCUGGCCAGCCUUGUGAGUGGAGUCCCUGGCUGGAGCUCUGCCCUGGCCAUGGCUGCUGUCCACUGACCUCGUCCCCUCCUGAACAAGGUGCUCUUCUUGUUCCCCUGAGAACUGAGAACCUAGGCCAUCAGACAAGCUCUUUGGUCCCCCUGGUGGGCUGGCUCUUUUCUGUAAGGGUUCUAGGCUGUACCUGUGUUUAUAAACUAGCAGAGGGACAGGGUGUGUUUCUGAGGCGGAACAAGUUACAAACUCAAAAAGUUUCCUCUGCAAGGUAAACCUUGUUCAUUCCUUCCCAAACACCAGGCUGACAGACUGAAAAUUUUCUUCCUGUCCCCUGAGAGCAAAGAAGAGAGGCAUGAAGGGAGGGAAAGGAGACCAGCUAUGAGGACCACUGUGGAGCUCUCCAAGGCAGUAGGAAUACUUGGCGAUUCUUGUGUGGACCGUUCGGGACGCUCUUCUGAGCAGGGUUUACUGUUGCUCCCUGUGCAGGCAGAGGGGCGGGCCUCCCUGGACCAUUAGGGAAAGCGGCUUUCUCCUAAAGCUGCUACUGUGGGAAGCACAGGCCCCUGCACCUUCACUCCCUCACAGGCUGGCCGCUUGGCUGGUGCCCCAGAUGCCCACAAGGACUCCUAGGUGUGUGUCUCUGGUACUGGAUCUCAGGGCACCUGAUGUGCCCUUCCUCUCUGGGCAGGCUGGCUCGCCAUGCUGCAGAGCUGAUCCCACUGUCCUUUGCAUCAACCUGUCUCACAGUGUGCCUCCAGCUGACCCAAGGGUCCAUCUGUAACUGAACUUGCCUUCAC